GCGGAAGCGGAGUGUGCGGGAGCCGGGGAGUAGCAGCCCCACGAGCUGGGCGCUCGUCUCGCCUGCGGCCGCUGCCCGGCGUCGGCCUUCCUGCUUUCCGGCGCUGCAGGGGUCCGGCGAGUGCGGGACUGGGGAACCCGAGGUGGCGGCGAUGAAGACCAGCCCGACCGGCUAGAAUUAGUUAAGAACUGGAAAGAACCUCGGUGAAGAUGAAGAGUCUAUACUAGAAGAGGAAACCUUUUUUUUCUCAUUCAAAACUCUUGAAAGUGGCUUGCCACUUGUCAGUCGAAUUUGUUUGCUUCGUCAGAAAUGAUUUUUACCAUCUCAAGAAAAAAUAUGUCUCAGAAAUUGAGUUUACUGUUGCUUGUAUUUGGAGUUGUUUGGGGAUUGAUGUUACUUCACUAUACUUUUCAACAACCAAGGCAUCAAAGCAGUGUCAAGUUACGUGAACAAAUACUAGAUUUAAGCAAAAGAUAUGUUAAAGCUCUAGCAGAGGAAAAUAAGAAUUCUGUGGACAUGGAGAAUGGUGCUUCUUUGGCAGGAUAUGCGGAUCUAAAAAGAACAAUUGCUGUCCUUUUGGAUGACAUUUUACAACGCUUGGUAAAGCUGGAGAGCAAAGUCGACUAUAUUGUUGUAAAUGGCUCAGCAGCGAACACUACCAAUGGAACCAGUGGGAAUCUGGUGCCAGUAACCACAAAUAAAAGGAUAAAUGCAUCUGGCAGCGUUAGAUAGCAGUGAAGGUCACCUGCUUCUAUAGCUCGAAGAACGUCCUUUGGCAGAGAAGUUUUGAAGUCACCAACUAGGAUCAAUAAUACUUUACAAUAAAAGCUCUGAACAUUUUCAAGAAGUAUGCUGGAUUUUUAGAAAACCCUAAUGCUGUAUAUAAAAAUUUCCAGUUAUUAGUUCACUUCCAGGCAAGUCUCUUUGAUGCUCUUCUUUAUAUUCUUAAAAGGAAGUUGAUGUCAUGGUUGAUGUUGUAAGCAGGUGAGUGAUCUUUUUAGAAAUCUUGUGUUAUGAUCAAGCUAAAGUGAAAAACAUGGAAAGACACGGAUUCAUUUUAUAAAAUAUUUAUUUAAAUACA